AUGAGCACAGUGCGUCAGCAAGUUCAUCCAGAGGUCGGCCUCACAGCACAGGAGCAGAUGUACCUGCUGUAUGAUGUCAAAGUUGAGUGUCAUCAGAACAUCUCCACACACAACCCUGCAGAUGACCUUUGUGCCCCUGGCUGGGAUGGUCUGAUCUGUUGGCCUCAGGGAUCCACCGGAGCACUAACCAAGGUCCCCUGCCCCAGCUACAUCUACGACUUCAACCAUCAAGGUCAUGCAUACAGGAAGUGUGAUGUCAACGGUUCCUGGGUUUCUGUGGAGGGGUUGAACCGAACAUGGUCCAAUUAUUCCGACUGCUUAAAAUUCCUUUUACCUGGUCAAGAGGAGGAAAAGCAGGACUUCUUUGACCGGCUGUACGUCAUGUACACCGUUGGAUAUGCACUGUCCUUCAUCUCUCUUCUAGGGGCCUUUGUCAUCAUAGGCUACUUCAGACGCCUCCACUGCACUAGGAACUACAUCCACAUGCACCUGUUUGUGUCCUUCAUGCUGCGUGCCGUCAGCAUCUUUGUCAAGGACAAGGUGGUCCACACCAACGGAGGUCUGCAGGAGUUUGACACAGCGCUCAUGGACAACUACAAGACCAUCUCUGCUAUGCCCCUUGACAACUCCCAGUUUGUUGGAUGCAAGAUCACUGUGUUGCUCUUCAUUUACUUCCUGGCAACCAACUACUACUGGAUCCUGGUAGAGGGGCUGUACCUCCACAGCCUCAUCUUCAUGGCCUUCUACUCGGACACCAAAUACCUGUGGGGCUUUACCCUGAUUGGAUGGGGUGUCCCUGCUCUCUUCGUCGCCGCCUGGGCUGUUGUCCGGGCAACGCUGGCAGACGCACGAUGCUGGGAGUUAAGUGCGGGUAACAUUAAAUGGAUCUAUCAAGUUCCCAUCCUUACAGCCAUUGGUUGGCCUAGUGACUUCCUGGUGUACAGUAUACCUGUCCCUGCGCCCUAG